CGCCGCCAUCAUCAUCAUUAGCGGAGGCGCCCACCUUUGACCAGCGACGUUGACGACUCUCAGACAGAGCGCGCGAUGACCUCUGUUCCGUACACCUUUGAGGACCGCACCGGCCUCCUCGCGGACACGGACUUCGACGAGAUGUACGACCGGGCGUACUUCAAAGUCUGCCCCUCCAACGGCACGCCAUCGGACACGAGCAUCAUGAUAUACGAGAUGCUGCACCGCGCGUCCCGACAUCGAGACUCGUUGCCGCCCCGGCACGAACGGCGCAUACGACUCGACUUUGGCAAAGACCAUUCGCUGGGCACCAUAGACUUCGCCAAUGGUGCGACGAUACCCAUGGCUCGGUAUCUCAAGAAGCUGUCCAUAUUCGGAAGUUCUCUCCAUCGCAAAUUUGCGGCGUCAGACGGACGCGAAUAUACCUGGUCCCAUCGCUCGGUCCCAGGACACGAGUGGACGUGCACAACGUCAGAAAAUUACCUCGUCGCCCACUACACCUUCAAGCGCGAUAAUGAGCGUGUCUAUGGCGUCUCUGGGAAUGCGCUGACGGUCUACGAGCCCUUCUCCCAGAUAUCCAUGGAGCUCAUAGCAUCCCUGCCCAUGACGGUCAUGGAUGAAGCUCAAGAAGGGCUUCCUUCGAAGUUCUUCGAGGUUAUCAGCGUGCGGACGUGCGGUCCCGCCCUCGCGCCCUUUGUCGCUGCCAGGACCCGCGCAGCCUUGCGAACAGAAGCAAGCACCUCACCAGUCUCCGGCAGGGUACAAGCAACAAGGAUUCUCUGA